UUAAUACACAAAUAAACACAUCAUCUUGUUCUCCAGCAAUACCAAAACUCCUUCAAUGGCAUGUGCAAGUGCAAGUAUCAAUACUAGUUUGUUAUUCUCAAAACAACCCUCUAAACUUCAAAAAAAUUUCAAUCAUACCCACUCUUUAUCUUUAACUACUACAAGGUCAAUGAGAGUGAGAGCAGAGACCAUGUCUACGACUAUUGAGAAGCUGGGUGUGAAGAUUGAGAGGAACCCUCCUGAGUCCAAACUCACUGAGCUCGGUGUCAAAAAAUGGCCCAAGUGGGGUUGUCCGCCAAGCAAAUUCCCUUGGACUUACUCGGCGAAAGAGACAUGCUAUCUGCUGGAGGGAAAAGUUAAUGUUUAUCCUGAUGGCUCAAAUGAGGCUGUUGAGAUUGGUGCUGGUGACUUGGUUGUGUUCCCAAAAGGAAUGAGUUGCACUUGGGAUGUUUCAGUCGCUGUGGACAAGCACUAUAACUUCGAGUAAUAAUCUUAUGUCUUUUUAUUCUAUUUUCAUUAUGAAUAAAUGUGUGUGGAGUAUGUAGAUUACCGAAGCCUUUGUUUACACUUUCUAGUAGAUUUACUGUUGAUGAAUGUCUCUGGUACUGGUGUUAUUACAGCUUAAGCUUUGGAAUGAGAUUCCAAUGUGAUUAAAUAUAUACUCUAUUCUGCUA